UCACGUGGGGCCUGCCGGAAGUUGUAGUCCUGCGCCCAGGCAGCCCACGGCACAGAACUACAAUGACCGGCGGGCGCCGCGCUCAGCGCCCCCUUUUCCUGCAGCCCGGAACGCAGGGGAGGUUCAGUGGACCUGAUAGCUGAGAGACGAUUAUGUCGGCCACUCUGGGCAACGGGGAGCGCUGGACUGAAGCCUCCUGAGUGAUAGGAUUAGAGCUUACAUUGAUGCAUUUAGAAGAAACAAAUACCCGGAAGACAGACCUCCUGAGAGUCACGAGCCCUGUGGUUGCUGUGAUUGUAUGAAGGCACAAAAGGAAAAGAAGUCUGAGAAUGAGUGGAAUCAGACCCAGCAGGGUGAGGGCAGCUCCACUUAUACUGAGGAACAGCUGCUUGGGGUACAAAGGAUCAAGAAGUGCAGAAAUUACUAUGAAAUUCUGGGAGUUGCCCGAAAUGCCAGUGAUGAAGAAAUUAAGAAAGCUUAUAGAAAACUGGCCCUGAAAUUUCACCCUGAUAAGAACUGUGCUCCCGGAGCAACAGAUGCUUUCAAAGCGAUAGGAAAUGCCUUUGCAGUGCUGAGCAAUCCUGACAAGAGACUCCGCUAUGAUGAAUAUGGUGAUGAACAGGUGACUUUCACUGCACCUCGAGGCCGACCUUAUAAUUAUUACAAGGACUUUGAAGCCGACAUCACGCCAGAAGAGCUGUUCAAUGUCUUCUUUGGAGGACACUUUCCUACAGGAAAUAUUCAUAUGUUCUCAAAUGUGACCGAUGACAUUCAGUAUUACCGCCGGCGGCACCGACAUGAGAGAACACAGACACGAGAGGAAGAAGAAGAUAAAGCUCAGACGACAUAUUCUGCAUUUAUUCAGUUACUUCCGGUUCUUGUGAUUGUAAUCGUAUCUGUCGUUACUCAACUGCUGGCUGCUAACCCUCCAUAUAGCUUAUUCUAUAAAUCGACACUAGGCUACACCAUUUCUAGAGAAACCCAGAACCUGCAGGUGCCUUACUUUGUGGAUAAAAACUUUGACAAGGCCUACAAAGGAGCUUCUCUGCGUGACCUGGAGAAAAUAAUAGAGAAGGAUUACAUUGAUUACAUCCAGACAAGUUGCUGGAAGGAGAAACAGCAAAAGUCGGAGUUGACAAACUUGGCAGGAUUAUACAGAGAUGAACGACUGAAACAGAAAGCAGAAUCGCUGAAACUUGAAAACUGUGAAAAACUUUCCAAACUAAUUGGCCUCCGCAGAAGUGGCUGAGAGAACGAUUGGUCCCACACAGGGUUGGGGUUUUGUUACUUAUUACUAUUUAUGUUCCUAAUUCCAUUUUAUAAUACAAAAGCAGGAAAUGAUGGACAUUUUCCCAUUUGCUAAUGUUGUCUGUCGGGCAGAGUUGAAGGAAACUGAGCACAGAGCUAGACUGGGCAUAGAGAAGCCCUCCCCGGGCAGGGCUGGUCCUCGUUAUAUGAAUGGCAGAGCAUUUCUCUCAGCCUGCGCCAUGCCGACUUUGCCUCUCUGAAGACAGUUCAGGGCAGCAGAGCACAUCCAAAUCUUUUCCUCCUGUGACUUGUUGGGUUACAGAAAAGCUGUUUUCAGCCAGAUAUUGUGGCCCGUGGCUGUGAGCCUGGCACUCAGGAAGCUGAGGCAAGAAGAUCACUGAGAAUUUGAGGCCAGCUUGGGCUGCUACAUAGUUUAAGGCCCAAACUACACAGUGCUGUCUAAAAAAAAAAAAUCUGUUUUGGAUUUAGGACGGAUGCCUUUUCUUCCUUCUUCCUCCUUCAGUGAAGUCUCACCGUCCAGGUGCUCCUAGGCUUAUCCCAAGCAGUUUCAUGUUAUUUACAAUUAUUUACAAUGUCUGCCAAGAAUUAGACUCCUUUCUUUGGAAUUAUCAGCACCCUGAGGAGUCAGCCUUUGGAACUUAUUCCUAUUCAACUAUCAAUUUCUAAGGGGAAUGUGGAAAACUAAAGCUGUUCAGCCCAUAGUUUUCUGUUAUCCCAUUCUCUGUUCAGUCAAAAAACAUUAGCAAACUGCCUGAUCUGAGGUUCUUUUAUUUUCUUAAUCCUCUCUGGCAGAAGGUCCAGAAAAAA